AUGAGGCAAAUUCUCUUUCUCGUCGCUAUUGGUACCGUGGCCAUCAUCCUACCGGCCGCAAAUGCCAUCGCCGGCGCGUGGCAGCCGAUAAAGAACGUGACGGCCGAUGAGCACGUCAAGGAGAUCGCCGAGUUCGCGGUGAAGGCUCACGAUUCACAAGCUCCCGACCACCCACUGCACCUCGUGAGCGUGGACAGAGGCGAGACUCAGAUUGUCGCCGGAACGAACUACAGGCUAGUCCUGACGGCAGCCGCCGCCGCCGGCGGCAUGGUCGGCGGGGAGAAGGACGGUAGCUCUCCUCCUGCCGCAGUGCAUGUCGGAGAUCAGUACCUGACGGUCGUUUAUGAGACCCUCGCCAAUGAAAAGAAGCUAGUAUCGUUCAACCCAUUGCAUCCAUAA